GUUGCCAGCCCCGGGAGCAUGGCCUGGAAGGAGCAGGGCAGGAGCCCACCCUCGUGUCUCAUCCAGCGCCUGGACCACCUCGUGCUGACCGUCAGGAACAUCGAGGACACCGUGGACUUUUAUUCCAAAGUCCUGGGCAUGGAGGUGGUGACGUUCAAGGGAAAUCGCAAAGCUCUGCGUUUUGGCCAGCAGAAGCUCAACCUGCACCAGGCUGGGCAGGAGCUGGAGCCCAAGGCUCGGUGCCCGGUGCCCGGCUCCGCGGAUUUGUGCCUGAUCACAGCGGUGCCCCUGGAGCAGCURCUGGAGCACCUGGAGRCCUGUGGGGUGCCCAUUGAAGAAGGUCCUGUGGCCAGAACUGGCGCUGUGGGGCCAAUCACCUCCAUCUACUUCCGAGACCCCGACCAGAACCUGGUGGAGGUUUCCAGGUACUGCCCGGCUGUGGCUACGGAUGGAGAAGGGGAGCCCUGA